UUAGAAUUAAAUUUGAAGUUAGAUUAUCCGACUGAUAGAGGACAUUUUAAAGGACCUAUAAUAGACAGUAAACUUAAACGAACCAUUUUGACUUAUGGGCCUUGUAGACCGUUAAUACAGUUUCCCUACAGAAUUAUACAUGGCAAUAAUAGAAAAUUUUCAGUCGAUUAUUACAAUAUGAAAACUAAAACUGGUGUUCUAAUUCCCCGUCUUUGGCUCUGUUACUCUGUGAAAUUAGAUAAAGUAUACUGUGAAACGUGCUGGCUUUUUGUAGAUUACAAUCAUCGAAAUUUUAAGUCAGAAUGGGUUGAAGGCAUUGAUGAUUGGCAGCAUUUGUCCCAAAAAAUAAUUUCUCAUGAAAUAUCAGGUCCUCAUUUAGAUGCAAUGCAACUUAGACUUGUAUGGACAAAUAACUGUACUAUUGAUAAAGAGUUGGAAGUUCAAAUUUCUAAUGAAGCUAAAUACUGGAGAGAUGUUUUGGGAAGAAUAAUUAAAAUAAUUUUAAGUCUUACUGCUGGUAAUUUGGCACUCCGUGGUAAUGAAACCAAGCAAUUUUGUGAGGGAAAUUUUCUUAGAACAGUAAAACUAUUUGCAGAAUUUGAUCCACUUUUAAGAACAGUCCUUGAUAAAAAAGAUGGUCAAAUUAAAUAUCUAAGUCCAGCUAUUCAGAAUGAGUUAAUUGAAAUUUUAUCAUGUAAUUUAAGGAAAAUCAUUUGUGAUGAAAUAAAAAUCUCUACUUUUUUUUCUAUAAUUGUUGACUCAACUCAAGAUAUUACAAAGUUAGACCAAGUCAGUAUUAUAAUUCGUUAUGUUACUAUUGAUUAUAUUAAGCAUACUGUUUGUAUAAAAGAGUCGUUUCUUGGAUUUUAUGCAAUUGAUCAUCAUGGUGCCAAAGACUACACAAAUCUCAUAAUAAAUGUCCUCUCUCAGUUGGGCUUAGAUAUUUCUAAAUGUCGAGGUCAAGGGUAUGAUGGUGCUGCAGUGAUGAGUGGUAUUUAUAGUGGUGUUCAAAAACGUAUUCAAGACAUAGUACCAAAUGCUCACUUUGUUCAUUGUUGUGCUCACAACUUGAACUUAGUAAUUUGUGACUCUGCUAAAAGUUCAGACACAGUUCGGCGUUUUUUUAUUACUGUACAAGCAGUUUUCAAUUUUUUUAGUAGUUCAGCUCCUAGAUGGGCUUUAUUAGCGUUGGGAGAAGAAAAUACCUUAAAAGUUCAUAAAACUGUUCUCAAAAAAGUAUGCGCAACACGUUGGGAAGCUCGACACCAAGCUAUAUUUGCAUUAAAAGAAAGAUUUAAUGACGUAUUGAUCACAUUAACAAAAAUUACUCUUACAACAACAAAUGGUGAUGAAAGAAAUGUUAGCAAAAGUAUACGCUCCAAAUUGGAUUCUGUAGAAUUUGUUUUACUUUUAUGUUUGUGA